GCGGGGGCCAGAUGGCGGCGGCGGCGGCGGCGGGGCACGAGCGGCACGAGCGACAGGAGACGGCAGCGGCCGAGCACGAGCACGAGCGCAUCCUGCGGGAGAUCGAGAGCACAGAGUCGGCGUGCAUCGGGCCCACGCUCCGGUCGGUGUACGAUGGAGUGGAACACUGGAGGUUCAUGGAGAAACUGGAUGCCCGGAUCAGGAACCACGACCGGGAGAUUGAGAAAAUGUGCAACUUCCACUUCCAGGGAUUUGUGGAUUCCAUCACGGAGCUGCUGAAGGUGCGGGGAGAGGCGCAGAAACUGAAGAUCCAGGUGACUGAUACAAAUGACAAGCUGCAAGAGACGGGGAGGGAGCUAAUUGUGGAGAUGGAGGAACUGAAGAAGUGUCGUUCUCAACAGAGGAACAUCGCUGCCACCAUGGACCAGCUGACCCUGUGUCUACCAGUUCUGGAGAUGUACAGCAAGUUACGAGAACAGAUGAAGACUAAAAGGCACUACCCCGCCCUGAAGACGAUGGAGUACAUGGAGCACACCUUCCUGCCCCGGGUCAACCCCUACCGCUUCUGCAGCAUCAUGCUGGAGAACAUCCCCAGGCUGCGGCAGGAGAUCAAGGAGGUGUCCAUGUCCGACCUGAAGGACUUCCUGGAGAGCAUCCGCAAGCACUCGGACAAGAUCGGGGAGACGGCCAUGAAGCAGGCUCAUCAGCAGAGGAACAUCGACAACGUGGUCUCCCAGCAACACAAGAUGGGGAGCGGGAAGAAGCUGAAGAAAGAUGGCGGCUCUGUGUUUGACGCGGAGGUGGGCAGCACCAGCCCCAUGUCCGAGCAGGAUUCUGGGAUCCUGGACGUGGAGGACGAGGAAGACGAAGAAGAGGUAAUUCAUCGUUUUCCGCAAAUAUCCGGCGGCACGGUGGCGCCGCGGGUAGAUUCGCCGCUCUGCAGCGUCGGAGACCCGGGUUCGAUCCUGGCUACGGGCGCUGUCCGUACGGGGUUUGUGCGCUCUCCCCAAAGCAGAUCAACGAUCACAUAUUACAAUCGCUCCACACUCUGA